GAUGUUUCAUAUAAAUACAUCGAAUCCUGAUCAUCGGAAUCACUUCCGACAGAUUCACGGUCGCAAGCUCAAAGAUGAAAUUAUUCGCACUGAUUUUGGUCGCCCUCUUGGGCACGGCAAAUGCCUCCCUCGACGAUGACAUUCAAGAAUUGUUGGACCUCAUCCCCACCGACGAAAUCCGUGAAAUCACUGUUUGGUACGCCGAAAACGACGAGCAGUUCCAGUGGGUUGUAGCUUACCUGCGAAGCGAUUCUUUCCAUGCGAUCGUUAACGCGAUUCGCGCCGAGCCAGCCUACGACGAGUUCGUCGAAUACCUGGCCUACAACGGUGUCAACAUUUACGAGCUGAUCGCAAAGAUCCAGGAAAUUCUGGGACUCGACAGCCUCAGGAUGGUGAACCUACCACGCUCCUACCGCACCGCGCCAAGAUCCUUCCACGGGUGGAUGGACGAGGUCAUGGCUCUGAUCCCCUUCACAGAGAUCAGGGAACUUGCCAUAGAGAAGUCCCAGACUAGUGGAGACUUCCAGGAUUUGAUUAAGGCCAUAUCCAGCGAGGAAUUCCAGACCAUUGUCGAGGCUGUCGUCGCCGUUCCUGAGUACCAGGACCUUCUGACCGCCGGUCGUGACCACGGAGUGCCCAUUGACACCUGGCUUGACGCCAUCUACGCGUUUUUCGGCUGGACCAGGGCUUGAGUUUGUGGAAAUUGGAUUGAGUAUCCGACUCCAAAUUCUGUUUAAGAUGAUUCAUCACGAUAUAAUGAGACUUGAAUAAACCACCCUAUUCAAUUGCAA